GGGAUGCGGGAGCGCUCCCGCCCCCGCGGGCGGCGGGAGGCGGGCGGCGGCGGCGGCACGGGCGGGGCGGAGGCGUCGCCCCGCGGAGAGCGGCGGGGGGACCUGGCGGAGGGCGGCAGCCACGGGCCGGCGAUGGAGGAAGGGGCAGCAGACCUGCGACAGAGAAAGAAACAAAACUGCUCAGAAUCUGACAAAAUGGCUCCAGAGCAGAGAAACAAAGAAAACUCAAAGCUGGGAAGAUCGCCAAAAUAUAUGUUAAUCCAGCGUUUUGCAAAACUUUUCUUUGGCUGUCUGGCGGCAGUGACCAGUGGAAUGAUGUAUGCUGUGUACCUCUCAACAUAUCACGAACGGAAGUUCUGGUUUUCCAGCAGGCAGGAACUUGAACGAGAAAUUACAUUUCAGGGUGACAGUGCCAUUUAUUACUCAUUCUAUAAAGAACUGCUAAAGGCUCCUUCUUUUGAAAGAGGUGUUUAUGAGUUGACACACAACAAUAAGACAGUAUCACUGAAGACAAUAAAUGCAGUCCAGCAAAUGACUUUGUACCCAGAGUUGAUUGCCAGUGUUUUAUAUCAAGCAUCUGGUAGCGAAGAAGUUAUUGAACCAGUGUAUUUCUACAUUGGUAUAGUUUUUGGACUGCAGGGAAUUUAUGUGACUGCAUUGUUUGUAACCAGUUGGGUUAUGAGUGGGACUUGGCUGGCAGGAAUGCUGACUGUAGCAUGGUUCAUUAUUAACAGGACAGAUACAACAAGAAUUGAUUACUCCAUACCAUCAAGGGAAAAUUGGGCUUUGCCAUAUUUUGCAUGUCAAGUAGCAGCUCUCACAGGCUAUUUAAAAAAAAACCUAAAUUGUUCUGCUGAGAAGUUUUGUUAUCUUUUGGUGAAUGCUUCAACAUAUACCUUCAUGAUGAUGUGGGAAUACAGUCAUUAUCUCCUGUUUGUGCAGGCUGUUUCUCUUUUCCUGCUAGACAGCUUUGCCCUGGCACAGACAGAGAAGGUGCAUGAAGUAUACAAAAUCUACCUGUUUUCUCUCUUCUUGGGGUACCUUCUGCAGUUUGAAAAUUCAGCCUUAUUAGUGUCACCAUUACUCAGUUUUGUAGCAGCUUUAAUGCUCUCUAAAUGCCUUCAGAUGAAUAUGAAAAAAGGUACAUUUAUGUCAAGAUUGCUGAAAGUAAUGUACAUUUAUUUGGUACUUACAGUGGCAGUGACACUAAACUUCUUAUUAAAGAUGUUUGUUCCUUAUAAAGAAAAUGAGCAUUUGCUGAAGUUCAUUGAAGUAAAACUUGGAUUAAACACAACUAAGAAUUUUACAAUGAAUUGGCUCCUUUGUCAAGAAUCUCUUCAGGCACCUUCCCAAGACUUUUUUUUGCGACUAACACAGUCAUCACUGUUGCCUUUUUAUAUUUUAGUAUUAAUUAUUUGCCUUUUUUCUGUAACUCAGGUCAUUUUUAGGAGAAUUUGUGGUGAACCACUGAAAGAGGCAGUUAAACUUGAGGAUGGUCGAAUUGGAGAGAGGCCAGAAAUAGUUUAUCAUGUCAUUCACACAAUUUUGCUUGGUUGUCUAGCAAUGUGUUUGGAAGGAAUGAAAUAUCUAUGGACACCUUAUGUUUGCAUGCUUGCUGCAUUUGGGGUGUGUUCUCCUGAACUUUGGAUGACGCUUUUCAAGUGGCUUCGACUGAAAGCUGUGCACCCGAUACUGCUGGCUCUUAUUCUGAGUAUGGCAGUUCCCACAAUAAUUGGAUUCAGCUUGUGGAAAGAGUUUUUCCCUAGGAUAAUGACAGAGCUUACAGAACUGCAAGAAUUCUAUGAUCCUGAUACAGUAGAACUUAUGACAUGGAUAAAGCGACAGGCUCCUGUGGCUGCAGUGUUUGCAGGCAGCCCACAGCUCAUGGGUGUGAUUAAGCUCUGUACUGGAUGGAUGGUGUCAAGUUUGCCUUUGUACAACGAUGAUGAUCUUCUGAAAAGAAACGAGAAUAUUUAUCAGAUCUAUUCAAAGAGGUCAGCAGAGGAUAUUUAUAAGAUACUCACAUCCUACAAAGCUAAUUUUCUGGUUAUUGAAGAUUCAAUUUGCAAUGAAGUGGGACCUGUAAGAGGAUGCAGAGUUAAAGAUCUAUUGGAUAUUGCUAAUGGUCAUGUGGUUUGUGAGGAAGAUGACAACUAUGCCUACUCAAAAUAUGGACGAUUUUGUCAUGAAAUCAAAAUGAACUAUUCUCCAUAUGUGAAUUAUUUUACUCGAGUGUACUGGAAUAGAUCCUACUUUGUAUAUAGAAUCAACACUGUGAUAUCCUUCCAGUCAUGAAAAAGCAUGCAAGCUCCCUUCUGAGGAUUUAUUCUGAAUGAAUUUCAGUUUAAAAAGUUCCUUUGGAUCAAGGAAGUUAUUUUUUCAGAUAUAUGUGCACACAUGCAGUAUACUGACAACUUUCUUUUACGAAACUGGAAUUCUUUGGAACUACAGAUCAACAGACAGAGAUACCAUCCUUGAAGGAAACGGGAACAUUUAUCAAUUUUACAGUCUCUACAACAUGUGACAGUCUUCCAUGUUUUUACAUUUUUCUUCCCAUUUUAAAUCAUUUUAAUUUUCAUGUAAAUGAGAUUUCUAACUUUAGUGUUAGAGAGCUGAUGUGCAUAGACCUCAGUGAUAGCAUAAAAAUUAUUUCAAGAGCCCGUUUAGAUCAUGUAGCUUUUAUUUUUUAGCCAAAAAGCAGUUGGUAUCUUGAGUCUUUUCAAAUAAGUGUUUGGAUAUUUAGUUUGGUUUUUUUAAUUGUCGUUGUUUUAAUUCUCCCUGUCUUCCACUGUAAACAUUUCUAUGUUUAUCAAACACAUUUAUACAUCUUAUGUGUAGCUAUACUGUUUGUAUAAAUCGAAUAAGGAAGAUUUUAUUUAAACAACACUUCCAUAGAUUAAGGCACUGAUCUCUAUAUUGUUAGAGACGUGCUGGUGGAAGUGCUGGGGCUUAGACCUAGCAGUAGGAGCUGACAGGGUCAGAUCUUCAGUUUGGAAAGAACUUGUCUUCAGGAUUCUUCCAUGCCUAAGUGUGUGGUGUGUGUGUAUGCAUAUGUGUGUCUUAGCAGCCAGCACAAUGGGCCAGUAUAUACCACAGUGUGCUUGUUUUCAGGCAAGUGUAGCAGGACAGUUAGGUUUGCUACUGAGACUUCUGCACUUCGGUUUCACCCCCUCUGUGUGUGUGAGGUAUGCGUGUGUGUGUGUCUGUGUAUGGGGAGGGAUAGGUCAUGCUCAUUUCAUUCAAUUUAUUAUGAGAUAGCUAUAUUGAGAUAGUGCCAUAACUGUCAUUUAAAACACUAUAAUCACCACCAUUAGUAAAUAAGGGUACAGUCGUUCAUAGCUAUUUUUGUAUCAAUUAUGCAACUACACGGAGAUCUUUGAAAAGCUGGGAAAGUAUUGUGCAGUUUUGCUUCCCUCUAAAAUCUGUGUUUGUUAUAUGACCCCCCCUUUUCCUCUACAACUAUUUUUCUUAUCAUCUUGUCUGCUACUGGCUGAUAGACCUUCAAGAGAGUGAAUUAUGCUUUAAUUCCAACUCUGGGCCUAAUCCUUGUGUUGAGAAUGGAAAAUCCAAUAAAAGGUAAUGAUAGCUUUGCUUAACGUAGGUGUAGCUGGACAGAAAGCCAGAACAUAAGUUCUAGAAGAAGUUGUGCACCCCUUAAGAGUUACCUGUAGUUAGGUAUUUGUGUAACACCUGGCCUGGAGGCCAGUCUAUCAGGCAUGUGGGAAUAAUUCUUUGGAGCCCAGACGUCUUUAAUGAAGGAUCUGUCAAAAUAGGAUGAACUUUCAACAGAAAUAUCUGCAAAUGAAAGCUGCAAAACGAUCCUUACUGCACUUGUUGAUAAAAUGCAAGAUCAGAGAUUUUAACUCUGAAAUUAUUAGGAACUGCAGCAUGUUGGUGUAUAUGCAUGAUUCUUCUCUGCUCUAUGCAGAUACACUUCCUUACUUUACACUGACAGGUAGUGCUGAGAUUUUUUUAAACCUAUUACCACUUUUGGAGUGAUUUAAAAGAAAAAAGCUUUAUUGUUGUAAAAGUCAAUGUCCGUAAUCUGUUUUUUACUUUCAGUUAUAUUUUUAUGCCUAUGAGUCUUGACAAAAUGUUAACUUAUGCAUUUUAUUUGAAACCAAUGCUCAGAUAAAUCUAUUGAAUAUAUGGGAUGUGGUCACUGAGAGAAACAUUUACCAGUACAACUGUGGUACAGGGUAAAAGUAAAUAUCCUUUUUGGGCAUUCAGUCAUCAUGUUGAGGGGUGGGGGGGGGGUGUGUGUCUGGUCAAGUGCAGGCUGCAUUUAUUUGCUUGUGCACAAGUACAUGUUUUACUGCACUGGGCUCUUUCAGGCUUUUCAAGUGCCAUUUAGCAAGAGAAGUUUGUAAAUUAACUUGAGCCAAGGCAGGCCUGCAGGAGCCUCCCCUCUGUGUGCUAGUAUGGAUGUAGAUGUAAUAUUUGGAAGUAAGUUUAGAGUUCCUUAUACAAAGUAAGUUUGUUUGAAUCACUGUCAAAGAAUCACAUGUCUGUGUUUCAGUCAUUUUCUCUCUUGAAGUUAAUGAUUCAUGAAUAUCCUUUCAUAACAGCAAUAAGGCAUUCCAGGUAGCAAACUUCAGGGUUACAACUGCACUUGGGUGGAAGAAGUCGCAAAGCUUUCGGCUUCAUGCCUUAGACUGCCAUGCCAAGAUGCAAUAUUUAACUGUCCUUCACUGCCUGUUGUGUUUUACUGCAGUGCUGUAUGUAUGUCUUACAUUAUAGAACAUAGUUUGGAUACCUACAUGUAGAACACACAUAUUAAGAAAACCACAAACAAGGCCAUCCAGACAUCUAAACAAAGCUAUGUUGCAGCACCUUGGCCUUUAUACAUGUUUAAAUGAAUGUGUUGAGUUUUAUUUGAACUGUGACAUAGUUAUUGUUAUUAGUUUUGUCAUAGUUUUUAAGAUGUAUUCUUAAUACUUCAAUUGGUUCUGCUUUAGGAGAAUCAUUUAAGAUUUUUACCUUGCUUUUUUAUAUUAGAGAAAAUUGUAUUGCAGCACCAUUGGCACAGCAGCCUUAAGUAACAGAAGGAGCCUUCUAUGUGAGAGAACAUUGUGGUUGUUCCUGUAAAAAGGCGUCAUUAAAAUGAGUGACUGAAAUAAUCAUAUCUUACAAACAAAGUGGAUUAAUUUCUUAUCCAGAUGUGGACUAGCAAAAAUAUUGUCUAAGCUCCAGCUUCUGUGAAAAAUAAACAAUAAGUUCCCUGAGAUAUACAAUUAUAUCCCUCAGAAGGACAACAGUAGGGCACAAUUACAUCAGAUUUGUACACACACAACCCCAGCUUGGUUUUCAACUAGGUCACAGGUUUAACUUCCUGAAAGGGCUGGGGGAAAGUUUUACAAAUUUUGAUCUGCUUUGCUGUAGAUGUUGCAAUUCAGUUGAAACAUGUGCCUUGCAAGCUUUUAUUAAACAAACAAAAACCUCGA